GUUAGCCCACGGUAUAAACACGGGCGGUCCGGUGUCCUCCGUUAAUUAGUCGCGUACAGCGCUCUCGGGACGGAUGAACCAAACUGUCCGGUGUCCGGUUAAACACAGCCGACAUUAACGGAGCCUCUCAGGCCGGUGUGAGCGUUAGUUUCUGGGGCCAGAAACUGUUUUUAAGAGAGCUACGCAGAUAACGGUCCGAACCAGAGAACCGGGCUCCCUGCCCGCUACAUUCACCCCGAAUUAACGGUCACUUUCCCCGCGGGUGGUCCGGUGUAGCGGCGGCUCUGACCCCGCUUUGUUUCUGUGGAUGUUACCGGAUCAAAGAAGCACCAUGGAGUUUCUCUGGAGCCUCUCCCGGUGCUUGGACACGGUGAGGUAACGGGAACGGGACCAGGUUGCUUCACACAUACACACACACUCACUCACACACACAUCAGAGAGCAGCAACCUGUUGCCGGUGACGCAGAGAAGAUGAACGGAGCUGCCGCAACGAUCCUGCUGCUGCUGCUCAGCGGCCGUGCUGCCUUCACUGCUGCCCGGUCCCUGAACGCACCGCAGGACGGAGAGGUUCUGCCUCUGGACGGACAGACGGACGGUACCGACAGUCUGACAGCUGCUGUGACAGGUGUGGACAGAUGGCGGCGCCCCCUGCUGCAGAAAACUCGUCCCUUUGUCCUGGUGGACGGACGAAGGCGGAGCCUCACUGAAGCUCUACAGGACGGUCACCCCGACAGGCUGCAGUGUGGACUGGAGAUGGGAGGACGUCUCUUCCUGUUGGACCUGGAGAAGAACCACGACCUGCUACCCAAACCGCCCAACGUCUUCUACUACCUGCCCAACGGCACCGGAGUGUCUGUGAGAGCCGACCCUGUGACUCACUGUUAUUACCACGGCAGCGUCCGAGGAUUCCCUCAGUCCAGAGCGGCUCUGAGCACCUGCUCCGGACUCCGCGGCAUCAUCGCCUUCAACUCCACCCUGAGCUUUGAGCUGCAGCCACAGGAGGACGACCACCACCAUCACCAGCAGGGGGGGGAGGAGGGGGGAGGAGGGGAGAGUGGAGGAGAUGGGAGUGGAGGGAGUGGAGGAGGAGGAGGAGGAGGAGGAGGAGGAGGAGAUGAAGAGGAAGGAGUUCACUUACUGUUCUCCACCAGCCCUCUGGAGGGCGACAGUGCUGGAGGCUGUGGAGUCUCGCACACCGCUGUGCCCCCCAUCCACAGCCCCACACACACACACAGGAGGAAGAGAGACAUCCUGUCUGAGACCAAAUACAUCGAACUGGUGCUGGUGGCUGACCACCAGGAGUUUCUGAACUACCAGAAGAACAACAAGACGAUCAUCUACCGCAUGCUGGACGUGGCCAACCAGGUGGACUGGUUCUACCGUCCUCUGAACGUGCGGGUGGCGCUGACCGGUCUGGAGAUCUGGAGCGACAGCGACAAGAUCCAGGUGAAGAAGAGUCCCACCGACACCCUCAACAACUUCCUGGAUUGGAGGACCAGAGAGCUGCUGCCACGCCUUCGCCACGACAACGCACAGCUCGUCAUGGGCGGCUCGUUUGACGGCACCACAGUGGGGAUGGCGUCUCAGUCGUCCAUGUGCUCCAGAGACCGGUCGGGUGGAGUCAAUGUGGACCACCUGGUCAGCGUGCUGGGCGUGGCCUCCACUGUUGCUCAUGAGCUCGGUCACAACCUGGGGAUGAGUCACGACACAGCAGAGCGCAGCUGCUCCUGUCAGAACGAACGGCGGCUCGGAGGAUGCAUCAUGGAGCCCUCGACCGGGUUCAUGCCGGGACAGCAGUUCAGCAGCUGCAGCGCUGCAGAUCUGUCCGUCAGCCUGCUGCACGGUGGCGGCAUGUGUCUGUUCAACGUGCCGCAGCCGGACCGUCUGCUGGGAGGACCUCGCUGUGGAAACCUGUACGUGGAGAAAGGAGAGGAGUGUGACUGCGGCCUGCUGGAGGAGUGUGAGGACCCCUGCUGUAACGCCUCCACCUGUCGGCUGGUUCCUGGAGCUCAGUGUUCAUCUGACGGCAUCUGUUGCCACGACUGCAAGCUGCGGGCGGCGGGUUCAGUGUGUCGUGACCCAAUCGGAGAGUGCGACCUCCCCGAGUACUGCACAGGCUCCUCCCCUUACUGCCCCCCCAACGUCUUCCUGCAGAACGGGGAGCCCUGCGAGAACGACGCCUCCUACUGCUACGAAGGAGUCUGUGCCAGCAUGCACACCCAGUGCCAGAUGCUGUGGGGGCCCAAUGCCACCAGCGCUCCACCUGUCUGUUUCUCAUCCGUCAACAAACAGGGAAACAAAUAUGGAAACUGUGGUCAGCUGACCAACGGCUCCUACAUCCCCUGUGCAAACUCUGACGUCCACUGCGGCAGGAUCCAGUGUCAGGGAGGGAGGGACCGCCCACUGCUGGGCACCAACGCAGAGAUCCUCACCACCACAGUCCGCUUCAACCACAGCGACCUGGUCUGCAGAGGAACCUACUUCCACCUGGGAGAUGAUGUGUCGGACCCCGCCACAGUGGCCCAGGGCACCGCCUGCAGUCCUGGCAAGGCGUGUUUGAACCAGAAGUGUCAGGACGUGUCGGUGUUUGGGGUGGAUGAAUGUCGCAGCAAGUGUAACGGUCACGGGGUGUGUAACAGUAAUAAGAACUGCCACUGUAAUGUGGGCUGGGCUCCACCUGACUGCAGGUACUCCGGUCACGGAGGCAGCGUGGACAGCGGACCGGCCCGAGCAGCAGAGUCUGAUCCGGUCCGAGUGGCUCUGCUCGUCAUCUUCCUCUUCAUCCUGCCUGUGGUCCUCCUCUUCCUCGCUCUGCGCUUCCCUCGGUUCCGGCGCAGUUUCUUCUGUUUUGGACCCGACAGCCCGCUUCAUAAAGCCCGGCAACACAACCGGACGCCGGUGAUGGAGCGAGUUGACGGCAGGAACGGAGAGCAGGUCCGACCCCUGAGGUACCACCUGAACCCACCGACUGACAUCCCACUGACGCCGUCACACAAAGAGGUUCAUGACAGACCUGCUCCUCCCACUAAGCCACUCCCCCCUGACCCCGCCUUAAAACCCCCGCCGCAGCUGCUGGUGAGUCGCCCAGCUCCGCCCAACAAGCCCCUCCCCCCUGACCCCGUCACACCUGGACAGGUCCCAGUUCCACCCAAACCUGUGGUGCCCAUAAAGCCCCGCCUCAUGGCGCAGCCACCCCAUCACCACAUCCCCCCUCACCCCGGCUACCCUGCCAACACCAAACCUCCACAACACGCAGCCGUCGCACCUGCAGCUGCUCCCAACAGACGACCUCCUGCUCCUCCGCUCCGACCCACAAACCCUCAGAAAGUUGACACGUCGCCGCUUUAACAGACUGUCUGCCGAGAGACUCUGAAUAAAACUUUCCUCUGUUCGGCCUGGUGAAGAUGAUGAAGAUGAUGAUGACUUUAUUAUCCAGUUUGCACUCAGUCGUCGGAUUUCUCACUCAGUCCUUCAUGAACUCUAGAUACUGUAAAUAAAAGUUAACGUGCCUUGCUCAGCAGCACCUCGGCAGUGAUCAUGUGGACGCUCGGGACCGCCGGCUGCUGGAAAUGAUGUCACAUUAAAAUGUCCUGGUGUUGCUCAUACAGGCCCCUGCAGGGGGCGCAGUGCCUUCAGAGCUCAAGGACCCUGAGAUGGGAUCAAACCUGUGAGCAAAGUACAGACUCUUCAGUAGAGUGGUUCCCAAACUGUGGUCCAGGACCCUCUGCAGGACCCCGAGGAGGUCAAACAUGAUUUCUCUUUGUUUCUUCUUCUUUUUUUUUUUUUUUUUUCUUUUUUUUAGUAAAACCGAAUGUAGAAGGUUUUUCUUGGCAGGACGGACGAUUUACGUUUCAGGUGGAUGAAACUUUAUCAAGUAGGAUUACAUCAUCAUCAUGGAGUUAUAAUCUUUUAACCUUUUAUUGAACUCAGUGUUUUUAAAUGAAGUGUCUUCAGAUCAGACGAACCUUCAUCAGACGGUAUCAAAUCACAGAUGAGUCCUCUGACAGAAGAUAUUUGGCAUCUCAAUCUAAAUAAUCAUGGAGUUUGUGACAUUUUAAAGACUUGAGAUCCUGAAGCUACCCUCCAGGAUUAAAGGGAUAGUUAGUAUAUUUUUGAAGUUGGGUUGUCUGAUGUACUUAUCCACAGUCAGUGUGUUACAUGCAGUCACUGUCAGUCGGCAUGUCUGUGUUAGCUGCCUAAAACAUCUAUAACUGUUUGACAUUGAGAAUAUUCUUUCACAGCUUUAUCUUUCUGUCAGACAGCCUGAUCUAGCCGUAAACGGUUUCAGUUCCCCAUCUAUGCUCUCGUCACAGCAGCCACACUCCACUGACAAAAACAGCAAUUUAACAUGGCUGAACACAGGAGCUGCUGGUCUACUGAGUUGGUGUUACUGUGUGACUGUGGUGAAUCUGAGCUAACAAUAUUAAACGUCAAACUCGCACAAUAACACAAACAAACUAACUGGUUGAGGCAGAAGUAGACCAGUGAGCUAAAAUUACUGUUUUUCAUAACAGAGUCUGGCUUUGAAGAGAGCGAUGUAAUAGCUUUAGUUCCCAGUCAGAAAACGCUGUCUGACAGAAGGUAAAGCAGUGAAAAUAUUCUAGAUAUUACAUACACUUCGUCUGUUUCUUAUUUUUAAAGAUGACACUUUUUAAAGUGGCUAAAAUAUGUUAUGUUGCUGACCCCUCCUCAGCAGUACAUUGCUUAGCUUUCUUAUCAGACUCCAGUCUGCUUCUCCAAACUGAAGGCGUGCCGACUGACAUCUACCCUUCAUAUCACGCUGACUAUGGAUCCCGUACAACCCCACUUUAAAAAAACCUGAACUAUCCCUUUAAAUGUUUGGACUGACAGCAGAUGAACCGUGAUGGAUUUGAGGCUCUGACGGGGGAAGAAAUCUGAGAUUUACAGAAUGGAGGUUUUGAGAAAGAAGUUUUAAGAAAAAUGUAAUAUUUAAAAUAAAUCAAGACUAAAGUAAUAUUUUGAGAUUGAAGUCAUCAUAAAUCAAGUUGUACUAUUAUCCGAAAGUUGUAAUAUUACAAGAGAAAAGAUGUUUUGACAAUUUUAUUUAUAUUAAAACUUUAUCCUCUAAAUGUUACGACCUUUUCUCAGAAUGUUUCUACUUUGAAUUUAACCUUGCACCUUUAUUUUAAAAUUACAUUUGGACUUCCUUUCUCGUCUUGAUUUCUCAGAUUUUUUCACCCUGACGUUCAGUCUCAGUAUUUUAACUUGUUAAAUCUCUGUGUCAUCGUACUCGCUGACUGCUGGAAUGAAUCAGAAGGAUUUCCUGAUCAUGAGAAUCUUGUUGGACCUCAGACUUUGUGGUUCUGGCUUACUGGGGCUGCUGGUUCUAUCCCAGUUCACCCAGUCUGUUUCUGCUUGAUCAGGUUUUUAUUUUUCUAACCCGCCUUGAGAUUUCUAUCUCAGACCGUCAGGAAUGUUCGUGACGUUACGCCAAAGACGAGCUGGAGAUAAAAGAUGCUGUGAGAUUCAUCUGAGCUGUGAUUUUACGUCGAAGGAAAAUCUGUUUAUUUGCCUUUUUACCAGCUGAAGUUUUUCAUUUCUACAAAAUAAUAACACUUCCAAAACCUGUGAGAAUUAUAAACUAUGUUUCUAUAAAACCCUUAAAUACAUUGAACACAAGACGAAGCUCUCAGCUGUAGGAGAACUUUGACUAAAUGAAUAUCUGGAAUCUGUCAACAAGUCGACAAAAUUAUGAAUCUUAAAUGUUUGAUAUUACCUUUUUUUGUGCUUCAGAAACUUAGUUCAGUUUUUCAGGUGAAAAAUGAGACAAAAGCAUUUUUAAUAAAGUCAGAGCAGAGUUUGAGUCAGAGUCCUCUGCUUGUUAUAAAAUAAGGUUCAAAUUGAAAUGAAGCUUGAUGGAACAGAGCAGAGGUUUAAGAAGGUUUGAGACUGAUCUGUUGCCUUUUGUAGUUUCAGUGUUGCUGCUGUUCGUCCCAUCAUGUUUCACUGUGAAAGUUUUCCAGACUUGAAGGGUGUUGCAGGUUUUACUCCCGCUCCUUCAGUGUCUUCAGUCCUGAUUCACAUGUGUGUUAGACUAAACUGUUCACAGUCAGGCAGAGGUGGAGGAAGUACUCAAAUCCUUUACUGCAGUAAAAGUACGAAUACCACACUGUGAAAAUACUCCACUACAAGGAAAAGUCCUGCAUUAGUAAAAGUUUGUGAGCAUCAUCAGGAAAGUCAGUCCGUUAGAGUAAAAUGUUUUUGGAUUUUUUUUUUUUGUUUGUUUUUUGUUUUGUUUUUUUGCUGUAGAUAUUUCAGGUUUGGCUCAUUUUAACUCCUUUAUAUCCUGUUGGGUAGUUUAAUCUACAGCAAUGCAUCAUGGUCUAUGAGAUCAUCAUAUGUUUGUAGUGUGGCUGUCCUGUGAGAACCAUGUAUCUCUAAAAAGUCAAAAAAACAGCCUGUUUCCAGCUUUGGGACGACGACUGUUCAGUUGAUCCAAGAGGGUUUUUAAAGAGUUAAUUUAGCUUAAGACAGAGAAUUUAAAUAAUGAUGCAUUUUAUUUAAAGGCACCUUUCAAAGCACUAGAGGACCCCUUACAAGACACAAUUAAAAGAAAAAAAAAAUGAUGUGGACCUCAGAGGACAGUGUACUGUCCAGGAAGACACCCAGACUCUUAACCUGAGGGGACGGAUGAACUUUGGAGUUGUCAGUUAAAGAGAAACUAUGUGGUUUAGCUGAAGUAGAUUUAGUACCCACAAGGAGAACCUCAGUUUUAUUACUGUUAAGUUUGAGGAAGUUGUACGAGAGCCAAGAUUUAAUAUCCAAUAAGCUGUCAGAAAGGGAACUUGGUGGAAGUAGGCCUGGGUGUCAUCAGCGUAGCAGUGGAAUUGAAUACCAAAUUUUCUAAAGAUAUGACCGAGGUAGAAGGUAGAUAAUAAAUAAAAGGGGGCCGAAGAUGGAGCCCUGAGGAACACCACUAUUAACUGGAAAAGAGCUGGAUCUGAAAUUUCUAAGUUUGUGAAAGUGUUGAAAGUGUAUUGAUUACUUUAAACAUUUCAGUUCAACAGAAACAUUCAACACAUUUUGAGAGUUGUGGUUUUUACUGGACAGGAAAUAGAUUAAACAACUGUCGUCUGUAAAGUAAAAAUGGAAAUACUCAAGUACAUGUACCUUGAAUUCAUAUUCAAAUACAGAACUUGAGUAAAUGUUCUUACUUCGACCUCUCAAUCUUUUCUCACAGUAGAGACAGAAUAUUUUUCUACUUUGAAUUUACUUGUGUCUUUAAGCUCCAACUGUCACUACAAAAGGCAACAGAUCAUCUAAAGAAUCAUUGGUUGUUUUAUUAAACUGUAGAAAUGUGAAAAAUCAUUUGCCCUGCCCACAGGAAGUGAUGUCACUACUCAUGCUGGACAGAAAACUCGCUGCAGCAGAACUGAAUGUUUUCACCUUACGAUCCUUAGACUCCGAUCAUUCAGGCUGAUUGAUCAAUCAGCUGACUGACUGGUUUUCAUGCUGUUAGCGUCUGUUGUGUUCACAUGUGCUGCUAGAGGAAACGUCCUCAAUAAAACUGUUUCUACGUUA